GCAGGCAGCAGGCGAUUUUUGACACAGGCUAACAAUAGCUGCGGAAAAAAACCGAUUCCAGCCAAAUUUUGAUCACCACCUCUGCAAUUUCUAAAUGAAAACAACUUAUUUUGAUGAAGAGAAAUAUUUUUAAUUUGAAGUGAUAUUAUAUUUCAGUUAACUAGAGAAGAGAUUAUAAAAACACAAACUUCAUGAAAUGUGUACCAGCAGAAAAGCUGUAAUUACCGUAAAAAUCCUGUGAUUCAAAAAUUGUUUUUGGUCGUAUGUAAAGAGAGCGGAGCAAUCAUGGACGAUUUGCCGAUGGAAAAGCGAAUGGAGGCCCUUCCUCAAAUUACGCAGCGCAAGUUGCUGAGCAUUUUCGACAGCAUUCCAGACGUGAAAGACUUGCUGAUCGACCCAGCCAUUAUGAAACCCCUGCAAAGGUUCACCGGAAUCAAAGCCCUAAGGGCUCACGGAAUCGAAAAAAUAUAUCGGUUGGAGGAGGGCCACGUGCCAGUGACUAACAUGAAGCGCGUCUUCCUACUAUGCAGCGAAUACCCAAAGGUGCGGCAGGUGCUGCAGCAGAUCCAGGCUGAGCUGCAGCAGCAGGAGGGCAAGCCGUUGUCACCACACCUGAUCCUGGUGCCAGGCUCGAUGAGUCACUUUGCUGUUGAGAAACUGGUCGAGGAGGAAGCGCUUUGCGGUCUUGUCACCAUCCACACGCUAAAUUUUGAGCUGAUGAAACUGGACCAAGGUCUGUGGUCCCUUGAGAUGCCUUCAGCAUUCAGAAACCUCAACGUCCAAGGGGACAUCACGCUCCUCAAGCCAAUUGCCAAGGCGUUGUGGUCCCUCCAACUCGUUCUUGGUCGUCCAAAGUUGCUCUGGGCGCAGGGUGGGAUGGCCACCAAAGUGGUGCAGUUGAUGGAGCGCUUUCCAUGGCCUAAAGACACCAUCAAGUCCAAAGAAGGCACUCUUGGGAGCUUGUCGAUUGUUUGCCGUGAUAUUGACUGGCCCUCCGUCUUCCUCACACCUGUCACAUACACAGCUCUAGUAGAUCAGGUAAUUGGGUCUAACUGUGGCAACGUCAAAUUCCAAAGCGAAGCCGGAGCGAGUUCAGCACCAGACGGCAUUUAUCUCAACAGCAAUACGGACCAAGUGUACUGCCAUAUAAAGAACCUGCACUUCAGUAGCGUCUUUCCCUAUCUCAGCAUCAAGACAAAGGAGCUGCAAAUGGAUGCGGCGAAAAUCACCAAGGCAUCCAGCCCGUCUGAGAUGAAGGCGUUUGUCAAGGAGAGACUGACGCAAUCUGCAGAGCUGAAGAAGUCACUUGCGCAGCACAUUGCCACCUGUGAAUAUGUCGUUGAACAAAUUGGUUCAAGUUACGAGUCGAUCCAGAUCGCGGAGACGAUGGCCUUGUCAGGUCGGAAAGGAGUGAUUUCCCAGGUGGAGGACCUCUUCGGUCAGGGGCUGCUGACGCUGAGUCAGUGCAUGCGCCUCCUUGGGCUGCUCUCCGUGUGCGGUCUCUCGGAAGACUUUGACGCCGUUCUGACCCAGUUUCUGCUGAGCCACGGCCACAAGCAUUUGUGCACCGUGCAUUCCUUGGGCCUGAUGGGCCUGCACGUGGAGGAGGAGGCGUCCACCUCCAUCGUGGGCAGGGUGGCGCAGGUGGUCAAGAGACGUACCUCCACCAUUCAGGAAAUCGACAAGAAGUUCAAGGUGCUCUUCCCAGACGGGAAAGAGGUGCCUGACAAAGCUCUGCCUGCACUGCACAUGAGCUAUGUUUUCAGCAGCUCUUACACCCCAGUUGUGGGCAGAAUAAUGGAAUGGAUGAUCAAAGGGGAGCCUGUUGCUCAGCUGGAAGACGCACUGAAAGUUUUGCCUGGGCCAACGAUGUGGCGAGGAAGUAGAGGGGAGUAUUUACCCAGACCCCAACUCCCUGUUGUGCCAAAAACCCACAUCGUCUUUUUCAUUGGUGGCGUCACCUACGCAGAGGUGUCCGCUCUGCAAAUUUUGGAGGCGCUAACCGGCACGAAAAUUGUGAUAGCAACAACUUCUAUAAUUAGCAAAAAUACCUUGGUUGAAGCUUGUUCAAAGUACUGA